GUCUUAACAAUCAGGCACUGGACGAUCUUCUGAUGAUUAAUCUACAAUGAAACUCACCAAAGGGAAGAGGAAAUCACGUUUUAACACUGAGACACUGGACGAUCUUCUGAUGAUUAAUUUAGAGUCACGUUCUCUACAAUGAAACUUACCAAAGGGAAGAGGAGAGCACAUCUUAACAAUGAGACACUGGACGAUCUUCUGAUGAUUAAUUUAGAGUCACCUUCGGUUGACCAGUAUGACCCUGAAGUUGCUAUUACCAAAUGGAUGAACACCAAAGGGAAAAGGCUAAAUUACAAGAGAGCACAGACACACACUCCAAAUCUUCAGGCUACCACUCCUGAAAUGGACAGUUCUGAGCUUCUGCUUUCUGAUAUUGAUGCUCCUAAUUCACCAGAACCUGUUGCAGACACAGAUAUGGAUGUAGAAGUGGAUUAUGACACUGAUAGUGAUGUUGAACAGACUGAGCGAGAAAAUGAUUCUUUAUCGAAUAUUAUCAAUGAAUAUGAGUUACAGUAA